AUGGAAAAGAAAUGGAAUAGAAAGAGUGAAAAAGUUGAAGAGGUCUUAGUUGAAGAACUUGAAGAAUAUGAGGUGAAAAAAGUACUGGAUCGACAGGUAGUGAAUGGGAAGGUGAAAUAUUUGCUGAAGUGGAAAGGAUACUCAGAUGCUGACAAUUCGUGGGAACCUGAAGAAAACUUACAUUGUCCAAAAUUAGUGAAAGCAUUUUUUAAUUCUCAAAAAGCUGGUGAAGGAAAGAAUGGUACGAAAAGGAAAUUUAUAUCAGAAAGUAAAUCUGAUGCUAGGAAAUCCAAGAAGAAAAAAGAUGCAAAGGGUUUUGCUCGGGGCCUGAUGGCUGAACAAAUACUUGGUGCCACCAACAUUUUUGGAGAGUUGAUGUUUGUCAUAAAAUGGAAAGAUUCAAAUAAGAAUGACUUGGUGCUGGCAAAAGAGGCACAUGCGAAGUGUCCUCAAGUUGUAAUUGCUUUUUAUGAAAAGAAUCUAACUUGGAUUUAG